AAAAAAAAAAAAGCCCAAUCGUGGAGGUGGUUCGUGGAACACCAAAAGUAAGGCUUUGAGGAUUUGAGGUUUUGACAAGAACCACAUCACCAAACAGCGAUGUCCACUGUGACCAGCCGCAAUCUAUAUAUAUAAAAAUAAAUAAACAAAUACAUUUCCGUUUUCUUUCUCUUCCUCUCUCUUCUUCAACCCUCUUCCUCCGACCAAUUCUUACAGUUUUUUUUUUUUUUUUCUUUUUUUCCCUGCAACUAUAUAUAUAUAUAUAUAUAUAUACAUAUACAUAUACAUUUUCAUAGUCCUUCAUUUCGCCGAAUGUUUGCUUCGAACCCUAGCUCUCUGUUCUUCUCGUACAAACCCAAUUUCUCUCCCCCACCGCCAUUCCGGCUUCCGGUGACCUUCCGUUGCCGCGCUUCUUCCGGCAACAUUCCGUUGGGAUUGAGAUUCCCGCGGUGGUUCCAAUAUCCAUUUGCCACUGAUGUGGCCUCCGCAGGCGGCAUCCGAAUUGGUUCCGAUUCCGAAGGAGCUGCCGUAUUGGACGGCGCGGCGAGACGCGGAGAUAAUGGUGGUGGAAUGAAGGUGAAUGCCAAGGAGAAGAAGUGGUCGCGUAAUGGUGAGAGCUAUUUGGCCGAUGAUAACGACGCUCUUCCUCUUCCUAUGACCUAUCCCGAUACUUCUCCGGCCUCGCCCGACGAGAUUGACCGCCGUCUCCGAUGCGAUCCCCAAGUUGAGGAUUGUAAGGAAGUGGUUUAUGAAUGGACCGGAAAAUGUCGAAGUUGCCAAGGGUCAGGAUUUGUCAGUUAUUAUAACAAAAGGGGAAAGGAGAUUGUGCAAAUGCAUUCCUUGCCUUGGAAUUGGUAUUCUUCUUACUCUUCCUUAUCUUCACCAGUUUCUAUACCUAAUUUGAUUUCAGCAGGACUAGCUAGCGGUGAAGGAUAUCCAAAUACAGAUAUGCCAAGAAUGAGCUUCCUUGAUUUUCAAUACAAUAUUUCGAAAAGGAAGUUCUUGCGAAAACCAACUCGAUUGUUUUCAUCCCAAGACAGGCAAAGCUCUGGCUUAACUGCUUUCCAACCAAACCAGGCAGAGAUGAGGCAAGUUUUUGACAAAUUUGAUGCCAAUAAAGAUGGGAAGAUAUCUCAGCACGAAUACAAGGGCGUCCUGAGGGCACUAGGAAGGACGAACACAAUUGAACAAGUGCCAAAGAUUUUCCAGAUCGCUGAUCUUGAUGGAGAUGGGUUUAUUAAUUUCAAGGAGUUCAUGGAAGUGCAAAAGACGGGAGGUGGGGUUAAGACAAUAGACAUACAAAAUGCUUUCCGGACAUUUGAUCUGAACGGUGAUGGGAAAAUAAGUGCAGAGGAAGUUUUAGAGGUGUUGAAGAGGUUGGGGGAACGAUGCAGCCUGGAGGAUUGCCAGAGAAUGGUGAGAGCAGUAGACACUGAUGGGGAUGGUAUGGUUGACAUGGAUGAGUUCAUGACCAUGAUGACUCGUAGCCUAAAUCUAAUUGAGAGCUAGAGAGUAGCAGCUUGGAGGAAGAUUCGCUGUUUAGUUUUACUUGUGAGAUAUGAAAUAUUUAAAACAAUGUGUGAUGCAUUUUACUCUUUUCAAGCACUUAUUUUCUAGUUGCAUGCCAUGAGAAACACCCUCUGUAUCGAUAAAAGCAUAUUUUGAUCCUUUAUACAUCUUCGUCUGGUUUCUAUUGA